GCCUGCCUUUGAGAGGGACGAAUAUCGUCAUAGGGCUAUCACUUCCCCUUGAUUUCCCAGCUUGAUGUCUUUGAUCUGAACAUUCCCAAACCCUCCACAUCCUUCCGAAAUUCCAGUGGAAACCACUCACCCGAUGAAUCCUUUUUCCUUUGACGAUGAUGAUGAAGAAGGAUGGCAGGAAAUGCCAGUUAUCAAGGAGGAUGACUUCGGAGGCGGUCUUGACGAAGAAGACCAGAAGAAAUACCACUACAUGCCCUCUUCAAAGAAACAGCUGCAAUCUGCAUCGACAGCUGGCAAUGCAACCGGCAACCUCAUCGAUUUUGAUGAGGAGGGUGUCGAAUGGCGUUCCAAGACAGAACAGAAUGAGAACGAGUAUACUAGACUGCGGGUCAACGAAGAAGAUGAGGCGGACGAGGUUCAUCUGCGCACACGAUACCUUUUUGACGAGGACAAGGCCAUGACACCGCUCAGCCAGAUGCAAGCGACCAAGAAUAUGUUGACCGAAGGACAACGCAUUGCCUACGUCGGUGUUUGCGCCCUCACGGCGAAAGAAAUGGUGGAGAAGCUCAAGACGACUAAGAGAAAGGAGCUCAAAGCAUCUGUCCAACAUAUGGAGCUAUGGGCGAUGAAGAUCAUGGGUCGGCUCUAUUACCACAUGGAACUUGAAACUGCAGAGCAGAAGAUGAUAGACAGCCUAGCUGUGCAUGGUGUACAAGCGAUAGAUCUUGUACCAUCACUAAUGACCACCCAUACCGUCGCCAACCCCGAAUACGACCCUGCUGAAGCACGGCGGAAGGCUGAAGCUCAGGAGGUAAAGAAAGAUACGACAAGCAGGCAGAAUUCCAAAGACGGUAAACUUCGACCUUCAAGCCUGGUGUGGGACGGUCGUAGUCCUCCUCAGUCACCGACAUCACCUUCCUCGGCCACUCAGAAGACCUUCCAGACUACGGCCAAAGUUCUUGAGGGUACUUCUGUCGAUUCUACAUCCAUGGGAGUCACUACAACGCUUUCUUCCGCUGAAAAAGACGUUACACUUGAUAUACGGUGGACCGUUCUGUGUGAUCUGUUCCUUAUGCUUAUCGCGGACAGUGUCUACGACGCAAGAUCACGUGUAUUACUGGAGAGCGUGGCUCUCAAACUCGGGCUUGGCUGGUUGGAUGUGGUCAAGUUCGAGGCACGCGUGACAGAGGCGCUUGAAAUCCAAGAAGGCGUCGAGAAGAUGGAGAAUCAGGAUAUUAUUGAGGGAUCGUCAAAGGCUGCGCGAAAGAAGCGGUAUAUGAUGAUGGGUUUAGCCACCCUUGGCGGUGGUCUGGUUAUCGGGCUCUCUGCGGGUCUCCUCGCGCCUGUUAUCGGUGCUGGUCUGGGUGCAGCCUUUACCGCUAUUGGCGUAUCUGGGACAACAGGAUUCCUUGCUGGGGCCGGCGGGGCCGCUGUGAUCACAACUGGUGGAGUUCUGACUGGCUCUGGGAUCGCUGCUCAAGGAAUGGCCCGACGUACACAACAAGUACGAAUAUUCGAUGUGCUACCGCUGCACAACAACAAGCGUGUCAGCUGCAUCCUGACCGUUCCUGGAUUCAUGAAUGGCAAGCUUGAUGAUGUCCGCCUACCUUUCAGCGUCCUGGACCCCAUCGUGGGCGAUGUAUUCAGUGUACUUUGGGAGCCUGAGAUGAUUCAAGAAACUGGUAGUGCGCUAAAAAUUCUGACCGGGGAAAUUCUAUCACAAACAGUCCAAACUGUACUUCAGCACACGGUGAUGACUGCGCUCAUGAGCGGACUUCAGUGGCCAAUCAUUCUCACAAAGCUUGGUUACCUGAUUGAUAAUCCUUGGAAUAAUGCGCUCGACCGUGCCCGAGCAGCUGGCAGUGUUCUUGCGCAGCUCCUUAUUCAUCGUCAUCUUGGUGUUCGACCUAUCACACUCAUCGGUUUCUCUCUUGGCGCACGUGUCAUUUUCUACGCCCUCCUCGAUCUCGCCAAGGCGAAAGCUUUCGGCAUUGUACAAGACGUUUUCCUCCUCGGAGCCACAUUAACAGCAUCGACCAGCACAUGGUGCAAUGCCCGCAGUGUCGUUUCGGGGCGCUUUGUUAACGCAUUCGCAAGACAUGACUGGGUCCUGAACUACCUCUUUCGUGCAACCAGUGGUGGUCUGAAUACGGUUGCGGGCUUGCGACCGAUCGAGAAUGUGCCAGGAUUAGAGAACGUCGAUGUUACGGAUAAGAUUUCGGGGCAUAUGAGCUAUCGCGCGUUCAUGCCACUCAUAUUAGACCAGCUUGGCUUCCCUGUUUCGUGUGAUUACUUCGAUGAGCCCGUCGAACCUGAUUUCAACGAAGAGAGGGUUGUUGUGAAAGAAGGGGACAAUACGCAGAAAAAGAAGUGGUUUUCCAGAAAGAAGAAAUCGUCAGUGUCACCAGCUCCAGUAUCGAGGCCACCUUCAACAGCUUCUUUUGCUUCAUCGAGACGGAAACCCUCUUUCCUAGGGAAAGUAACAGAUGAUGAUGAUGAACCCCCUCGCGAGUCAACGGAGAGUUCGCCACCUCAGAGUACCAACCCUCAACCUUCCGAUGGCCAAUCACCAAGUUCUUCCACUGACAUCACCGUUCAUGCAGGAUUCGAUCUAAAAGCCAUCAAGGAUAUGAUAGGAGAAUCGGAGAAGAAUCCCGAAGAAAUGCAGGUUCCUCUGAAUCAACCUUCCCGAAAUCACGCAUCCCCAGUUGUAUCACAAUCAGAAUUAGCUCCACCCGCCUACACAAGUGCACCCACACACGUCGCCAACCCUUCGGGUUUAUCUGUGGCUGACUUUAACUCAAACGCUGGCUUGAGCGCUACAUUCGCCACCUCGCUGUCGCUCCACCAUGUGCCUGAUACCGGCGAUGACGUCGAUGGCGACCAGGGCAUGCCCCCAGUGGCAAAUGAUAUUGGUUCCUCAGAUUACCUGAGCUAUCCUUCUUCAGCCACCUCUCCCUAUACCUCUAUUCCUCAGAUAUCCUUUGGUGGAAGUGAGGAAUCGAAAUGGGCUCCUUCUCUACAAGAGAGCAGAACUUCUCCAUUUGGAAAUCCAUUUGCGGCUAGCACGGUCUCGUUUGAAAACUCAAGUAGAUCGACGAAUGACCUACAUAGUGCAUUCUCUCCGGCGUCUGGUCCCUCAGCGUCGCUUUCAUUUGGCGGAACAGACGGGACGAUAACUUUGCAAGGUAGGGGGCGAGAUCCGUGGAGCAUUCCUGUGGGGGAUCCGAAGAAGCCUCCCAAUUAUCUUGCCAAUCCUUGGUCAACUUGAGAGUGUUGGCGCAAGGUGUUGGUUAUGGUGGGACCCAUACAUGCCCACCGGCAUGCCAAUCUCUGGGACUUUAUGCAUAUACUCUGACGCAGUAGCAUGAUUCGGAUCAUCUCGAGGUUUUGCACAUAUGUAGAAACGACAUCACACUUCACUUUACGUGACUUAGCUAUAUCUGACUAGUAUAUUAUACCAAACACAUUCGUACCGGCUCUCCGACUUUCCGGUUGAAUCGCUGAUCAGAAUGACCAGUUCAGGCUGAAUGCAAUUGAAUGCACAGGAUGGCAGUAGCACAAUAACCAGUUGGAGUCGAGUUGGUUGUUUGGUAAACAA